AUGAAGGCAUCGGGCUCCCAAGCUUCAAUGGAGCCAGCUACGUCAAGCUCCGAUGUGCCGAUGCGGGUGCAAAAUGUACCACCAGCGGCUGUUGCGCUGCAAGCCAGCCUGGCUUCAAGCGCCUUGUGCAGUGCGCCCGUCAACAACUUCAGGGCGCGCGUCACUACCGCAGGCUUCAUGUUCCCGGCUCGACGCACAAAGCAGCCGAAGCAAGACGCCUAUUCAGGCCUCGUGGCGAUGCUGGAUGACUUCUUUCCUGUAAGUUGUGUUCUGCGUAGACAAGGCUGUUGGCCAAAGAAGAGAAGGCAGACUGCCUGA